AUGUGGACGCUCGGGCGCCGCACGGCCGCUGGCUUCCUGCCCCGGGCGGUGCCCCUGGGCCCGGCCGAGGCUCCAACUGGGGUCUCCGGGCCAGCGGAAAAUGCAUUGCUCUGCGGCCGUCGGGGCCAGCGCGUAGAGACCACUGCGACCUGCGCACCCCGCCAAGCUAGUUUGAACCACCGCUGCCUCAAUCAGAUUCUGAAUGUCAGAGAGCAGAGUGUCCAUUUGAUAAAUUUGAGGAAAACGGGAACUUUGGGUGAUCCAAGCUCUCUAGAUGAGACUACCUAUGAAAGACUGGCAGAGGAAACACUGGACUCCCUAGCAGAGUUUUUUGAAGACCUUGCAGACAAACCUUAUACAUUUGAGGACUAUGAUGUCUCAUUUGGGAGUGGUGUUUUAACAAUUAAACUGGGUGGAGAUCUCGGGACCUACGUGAUCAACAAGCAGACCCCAAACAAGCAAAUCUGGCUAUCAUCUCCUUCCAGUGGGCCCAAGCGUUAUGAUUGGACCGGGAAGAACUGGGUGUACUCCCAUGACGGCGUAUCGCUCCACCAACUGCUGACCACAGAGCUUUCUAAAGUGUUAAAGACCAAAUUAGACUUGUCUGCCUUGGCUUAUUCUGGAAAAGGCACUUGA